UCGGUCAAUUAAUUUACCCAGCUUCUUUGCAAAGCUAGCUGCCUCCCUUGUGCACAAAACUUGAGCAUCGCAGACCGGCCGGCUCGAUCAUGUGGAGGCUGAAGAUCGGCGAGGGGGUCGGGCCGUGGCUGCGGUCGGGUAGCAACUUCCUCGGUAGGCAGGUGUGGGAGUUCGACCCGGACGCCGGCACGCCGGAUGAGCGUGCCGAGGUCGAGAGGCUGAGGCAGGAGUUCACCCAGCACCGCUUCGAGAAGAGGUUCUCCAGUGACCUCUUGAUGCGACUGCAGUACGCAAAACAAAACCGUCUUCAGGCAGAUAUUCCAGCCAUCAAGGUUGUAGAGAGUGCAGAAGCCACAGAAGAUAUCAUAUUAACAUCACUGAGGCGAGCCCUCACUCAACAUGCUGCUCUGCAAGCAGAUGAUGGUCAUUGGCCUUGCGAUUUCAGUGGGAUUAUGUUCAUUAUGCCUCUUACGGUAUUCGCUCUAUAUGUCACUGGAUCACUCAAUACCGUCCUAUCAGCAGAACAUCGACAUGAGAUAUGUCGCUAUGUUUACAAUCAUCAGAAUGAAGAUGGUGGUUGGGGCACACAAGAGUUGGGACCCAGCACUAUGUUUGGUUCAUGCUUAAACUAUGUUACCUUAAGGCUUCUUGGCAAGGCAUGCACGGAUGACGCAUUGACCAAAGGACGUGCAUGGAUUUUAUCUCGUGGGAGUGCAGCUGCAAUACCACAGUGGGGAAAGAUAUGGCUCUCGGUGAUCGGUUUGUACGAUUGGUCUGGAAAUAAUUCGAUCAUUCCUGAAUUAUGGCUUGCACCACAUUUUCUUCCAUUUCAUCCAGGACGGUUUUGGAGCUAUUGCCGGUUGGUAUACAUGCCAAUGGCUUAUAUCUACGGAAAUAAGUUUGUUGGGCCAAUUACACCAACAAUAUUAGCAAUAAGAGAGGAGCUAUAUGAUGUACCAUACAAUGAGAUUGACUGGACGAAAGCUCGUGGUAUUUGUGCUAAGGAAGACCUUCGCUAUCCACGAUCAUUGGUGCAAAAAUUUGUAUGGACUUGUGUUAACAAAAUUGUGGAACCAAUGCUGAAUUGUUGGCCAGCUAAUAAAUUAAGAGAUGUGGCACUGCAAAACAUCAUGAAACAUAUCCAUUAUGAAGAUGAAAGUACUAACUACAUUUGUAUAUGUCCCGUAAACAAGGCGCUAAAUAUGAUUUGUUGUUGGAUAGAAAAUCCAAAUUCGGAUGCAUUCAAGCUGCAUCUUCCAAGGAUCUAUGAUUAUUUAUGGAUCGCGGAAGAUGGCAUGAAGGCACAGGUGUACGAUGGUUCUCAAGCCUGGGAUACAGCUUUUAUUGUCCAAGCCUAUUGCUCAACAAACCUUGCUAAUGAGUUUGCUCCAACACUUCGGAAAGCUCAUGAGUUCAUAAAAAGUUCACAGGUUCGUGAAAACCAUCCUGAAUACGAAAAUUAUUACCGCCAUAGAUCAAAAGGUUCAUGGACACUUUCAACAGUAGAUAAUGGAUGGUCUGUAUCUGAUUGUACUGCAGAAGCACUUCAGGCAUUGUUCCUGUUAUCAAAGAUUUCUCCCAAUCUUGUGGGAAAUCCCAUAGAAGGAGAAAGGUUGUAUGAUGCAGUGGAUUGCUUGCUUUCUUUUAAGAACAAAGAUGGCACCUUUUCUACAUACGAGUGCAAGAGAACUACAGCUUUAUUGGAGGUUCUCAACCCUUCUGAGACUUUUCUGAACAUUGUUGUUGAUUACCCAUCUGUGGAAUGCACAUCAUCGGUCAUUCAAGCUUUGAUUACGUUCAGAGAGCUGCAUCCAGGGUAUCGCAAUGAAGAGAUAGGAAAAUGCAUUGAAAGUUCAUCCAAGUUCAUUGAGAACAAACAACGAAAGGAUGGCUCAUGGUCUUGAAAAUCAUCUUGCUUGUUAU